AUGUCUGUGGACUACAUUUCGCUGUCGAGGCCGAUCCAAGGCCUCACAGUCGUCAUUUGCCUGGCCGGCCUCUUCGGAAAUGUCAAUCUUCUGGUUGCGACUCUCCGUAAAAAGUGCCUACGCACUAAGAUGGGUUAGUUCUUACAAAUGGCUUACUUUAUUUCGAGUAAACAACUCGCGGAACUAGAAAAAGUGACAAACUUCUGCCGUUUUCACACGCUCAAUAAUCGUCGGCUUUAUUUUUGGAGUUUUUUUAAUGUAUAAAUGGAAAAAAACUUUUUUUCACCGCUCAAUAAUCCUCGAUUUCUUUUUUGAAAAUAAGUUGAAAAAUGUCAAAACAAUGCUUUUCUAUUCAAAGUCCAAGUAGUGCGAGUUUCCAAACGUAAGCCUUUUUGAAGUGUUUCCUACUAGCCGAAUGAUCGUUUGCUCGAAAUCAGACCUAAUUUUAGCUAGAAUACGAUUCUGGAGUUUGUGUAAAUAGAGACUUUUAAUGAAAAGUGAGCGCUCUGUACUUUUUGACCUUUUUCGUAUGACUCAUUGGCUAAAAUGAAGCUUUAGAAUCCAAAAAAAAUGAUUGACGCACUUCAAUUCUUUUUUUUUUUGAAGUGGAAAUAUUUGAGAGAAUUGAGAAGUCUGACUGCAGAUAAAAAAAUUAAUUACUAAAAAAAUUAUAUUUUUUUAAUUUUUGGGAGCAGGUUCAAAAAAAUGUCCAAUUUUAGCCUUGUUUUUGAACAAAAAUCGGAAAAACCUUUUUUUAACAUGAACACCUAAUCAAAGAUGAGUUUUUUUCUUUCUCAAAAAAACAUCAAAUUACCAAACUAUAUUCUCAUUAUAAAGCUACUUUUUCAGGAUGUUUGCUGGCGAUUUCUACAUUCGCUCACACAAUUUGCCUCGUGUCAGAAUUGGUCUGUGUCAAAUUAAAAUUGAGGUAAACUCACAAUUUUUGAAUAUUGAAGAAUUCAUUGUAGAUCAAGAAAAUUGUUAGAAAAGUUUCUUCGAGGCUGUGAAUUCAAAAAAAUCCAUUAAUUAAAAAAAAUUGUAGGUUCACUCACACCCACCGGGAUGAGUGCUACCGUUCCGUUGUGCUGUACAUGUUUGCCGUCCUUUUUCAAUCGGUUCUUUUUCUCAUGAUGUCCAUCGAUCUCACUUUGGCUGUUUUUAUACCAAUUAGGCAAGUUUAUUUUUUUUUUCUUGAAUUAAAACGAAGAUCACAAAUUUCUUAGAUAUAAUUGAAAGAAAAAAAUCUCAUUGAGCAUUUUUAGAAAUUUUUAAUUUGAAAUUGAGACUUCAUUUUUUUGAGACACCCACUUCCCUUUUUUUGCCGUUUCCUAAUAAUUGCUCAAGAAAUUUGAGCUCUAUCAAGAUGAAAUGGAGAAAUUGGAGAUGUUUGAUUGGAACAUAAAAAGGCAUACUUCCAUUCACAAUUAUUAAUUUGAACCAUAUUUAAAGUUGAUUUAUGACCAACUAUUAGAAAAAAAUGAAUUAGGGAUGUCUGAAACUUAAAUUUAAAGUUUGGAGAUGAAAAAAAUUUUUUUAGGCACAGAUUAUGGCGCCGUGGGCCUUACAUACUUCUAAUGUGCCUUCCUCCCUUCGCAUUUUCUUGUUUUGCUUUGGCCGUCGAAGAAUUUUACGUGAAUCAUGAUGAUCUCCUUAUCUGUUCUGUUACUUUGGGUUAGUUUUCAAGAUCAAGUUUUAAAAAAAAAAAUCUCUAAAGUAGUAUUUUGAAGAGUACAAAAAAAUUAACUUUCAAGAACAAGCCAAAGAUUGGGGCCGUUUCAGAUGUUCUAAAAUAAAAUGAUGUAAAAUUUUUACAAGUUUUUAAAAUUUCUAGCAGCGCCGCCGGGUGUUCGAUUCUGGGGAACUCUCAUCACAUUUCUCACUAUUGUUUUCGCCGUUUUAUUAAUUUCUUGCGCAGCUUACAAAGUUCAUCGCAGAGGUAUUUUUCCCGCUUUUAAACAUUUAUUCAAAACGAAAAUUUCAGAAAAGAAAGUUAUAAAAUCGUCUUUACUUCUCCAGCAUUCAACAAGCAUCAGUAGCUGCAAAUCUUGCAAGCAUUCUGAUGCCAAGGUUAAUAAAUUAAUAUACAAUUCAAAAGCCAUUAAAUUUUCAGCUCCUAAGAUCGUUAUCUACACUUAUGUUCGUUUUCGUUUGUUCUUGGAGCGCCUCGAUUCUGUUAUCACACGUUUCUUUGUACUUUUCCACCGAGGUCGCCUACGAUGUUCAAAAAAGUACAAUGUAAGUUGAGAACAGAGAGCAAAAAUUAAAAGUUUAGAAAUAUAUCAGCUUUUGAAGAUCGAAUCUUGAAAACGAAAAAAACCAAGUGAUUCAAAAAAACUUGAACAAAUUUUCACAUGAAACAAAUAAAUUCAAGAGAUUUAGAAAAAAAUGGACUUAUGAGUAGUAAUGAACAGGAAAUUUUAUUAACUUUUAUCACUUUUUUUCAGUUCCUACUUUCGCUACCAACUUUCUGCCAAAACUACUUCGUGACUUGGCUGAGGUCGCCACGCUACGCCAAGGCCUACGCUGAGCAACUUGGCUGUCGGAAAAAACACGACUGCACCAGACGCGACUGUUAUCAACACAAAAAACCUCAACUUAUCUGA